UCCACAACCAAAUUCAAGAUUCAUUUACAACCUCUGAACAAAUGUCAAUUUGUUCCCUAAGUAAAUACCAAAUAUAAUUAGGGAAAGCUUAGAAGUCAGAUGGAAUAUUUUCUUCACAUCCUAUGCUCAUAGCCUCCUGAAUUCCAUUACUCAUCAUCCUGUCUCCACCUCUAUCUAUGCAUUGAGAAAUUUUAAUUGCAUUAUUUAAUGUACUUCCUUUUUCCAUAAAAUCUCAUUCCUAAUAGGACUAGCACAUUCAAAUGAGUAUGCUGCCACAUAUCAAGGACUUCACAAUUACAAUUGUCCCUCAGGUUGAUAUACAAUCAGGGCACUCAAAAGGAUAUAUAUAUAAAAUUUUGCUUGUGCUUACUGCUUAUGAUUAAGAUUCUUUGUGUCCAUACUAUAAGAAGAAAAUGCCCUGGUUUGAUACAAAAAACUGGUUAAAAAUUCACAAUGAUGCCAAACAGCCUUAUGGCCUGCAGGUUAAAAGAAGAUCCCUCCAUCAAAAUUCUAGCUCUGAUCCUGAACAGGGUGUUUGUAUUUUUGCUCGAAGAAACCUUAUAUAAGGAAGCCCAAUUUAAUCUUAGUAUCACACACAAUUCUUUCUUUGACAAUAGCUACUCUUUCUUUCCUAAGCCAUAAUGUUUCAAUUUUUCGUUAAUACCUUCUCCAAUACUGCUAGCAUCUCUGCUAAUCUAAAUGAUCAACACGCUCGUCUAUUUUUGUCUUCUGCAAUUUGUGGGCUUACCUUAAUAUGGUUUGCUUCUAUGUUUAUCAAGAAAUCAAACAAGAAACAGCCACCAUUGCCACCAGGACCUAAACCAUUGCCUCUAGUGGGAAAUCUCUUGUCCCUUGAUCCUGAACUUCCCACAUACUUCACAAACUUGUCAAGAACCCAUGGUCCAAUCAUGACUUUUUGGCUUGGCAAAAAGGCCGGAAUUGUCAUUAGCACUCCCAGAUUGGUGAGGGAAGUGCUAAAGGAUCAAGACACCACAUUUGCCAACCGGGAUGUGCCCGCGGCCGCCAGGGAAAUCGCUUACGGUGGCUCAGACAUUGUCUGGACACCAUAUGGACCGGAGUGGAGGAUGCCGAGGAAGGUUUGCGUUCGUGAAAUGUUGAGUUGUGCUACUUUGGACGCCGUUUACGCCCUCAGGCGCAAUGAACUUCGACAGAUGAUCAAGUACAUUCACAGCCAAGCUGGAAAACAAGUAAAUGUGGGUGAGCAACUUUUUCUGAGUGUGUUAAACGUGAUUACUAACAUGUUGUGGGGUGGUACAGUGAAAGGAGAUGAGAGGGCCGGUGUUGGAGCUGAGUUCAGGAAAGUGAUUACUGAGAUCACUGGAUUUCUGGGAAUGCCUAAUCUGUCAGAUUUUUAUCCUGGUUUGGCUAGAUUUGAUCUGCAAGGUAUCCAGAAAAAGAGCAAGGUUUUGGCUCAGAGGUUUGAUGCAAUAUUUGAGAAGAUGAUAGAGCAAAGACGACUCAAUGAUAUUCGGAGCGAAAGUAAGGACUUUUUGCAGUUCUUGCUGCAGCUGAAAGGUCAAGGAGAUGCCAGGACGCCUCUUACAAUGACUCACAUCAAAGCUUUACUCAUGGAUAUGGUGGUGGGAGGGAGUGACACGACCUCGAACACGGUCGAAUUCGCAAUGGCUGAGAUGAUGAACAAACCAGAAGUUCUGAGAAAAGUUCAAGAAGAAGUUGACAGAGUGGUAGGCAAAAACAGGGUGGUUGAAGAGUCUGAUAUCCCAAACCUCCCAUACUUGUAUGCAGUAAUGAAAGAACAACUGCGUUUGCAUCCAGCCCUUCCACUUCUGGGGCCUCAUUGCCCCAGCGAGACGUGCAUCGUUGGAGGCUACACAAUCCCAAAAGGUGCUCGAGUUUUCAUCAAUGUCUGGGCUAUUCAUAGGGAUCCUAAUAUAUGGGAAAACCCUUCUGAUUUUCGGCCCGAAAGAUUUAUCGAUAGCAAGUGGGAUUAUAGCGGAAAUGAUUUUAAUUAUUUCCCAUUUGGAUCUGGACGAAGAAUUUGUGCAGGAACAGCUAUGGCUGAGAGGAUGUUCAUGUUUUCACUUGCUUCCUUGGUCCAUUCUUUUGACUGGAAAACUGCUGAUGGAGACAACAUAGACCUGGCUGAGAAGUUUGGAAUUGUAUUAAAGAAGAAAACGCCUUUGGUCGCUAUUCCAACCCCAAGAUUGUCUGAUGCAUCUCUAUAUGCCUGACAUGACUAAAACCAAAAGCUAGAAAGAAGUCGAGGGUAUGAUGCCCCUAGAAUAUUUGAAUUUAAAGAUGCACUAGUUUUUGAAAGAAAUUGCUGAAGUGUUUCGAAUCUAUGUUAUAAAAAUUUAGGAAAAGAUGAAAGAAAGAUUGGGGAGAUGUUUUUUUCUGCCGACUGUUACCUGUAUUAUUAUCAUCUCCCCGUAUACUUCCAAUCGCCAGCUUAGGAUACUACAUAUCUAUCGUUUGAAGAUGCCAUCAUAAGAAAACAACAAAACUUCU